UAACACAUUAGGGUUUGCUGUCUCUCCCAAAUCAUUCAUUUACACACCAGAGCCGCAGAGAGAGAGAGAGAGAGAAAGAGAGGUAGCGGAGAUGAAGACCAUUCUGUCCUCCGAGACCAUGGACAUCCCAGAUGGGGUCAAAAUCAAGGUCCAUGCCAAGAUCAUAGAGGUCGAAGGUCCUCGUGGCAAGCUUGUUCGUAACUUCAAGCAUUUGAACUUGGACUUUCAGCUCAUCAAGGAUGAGGAAACCGGCAAGCGAAAGCUCAAGAUCGAUGCCUGGUUUGGCUCACGCAAAACCAGCGCAGCCAUUCGCACUGCCCUCUCCCAUGUUGAGAAUCUCAUCACUGGUGUCACCAAGGGCUACCGCUACAAGAUGCGUUUUGUAUAUGCCCAUUUUCCCAUCAAUGCUUCCAUCACUAACGCAGCCAAGUCGAUCGAGAUCCGUAACUUUUUGGGUGAAAAGAAGGUACCCUUUUCCCAGAUUUUAGCUGGCUUUGUGAAGGAUGAGCUGAUAUUGGACGGAAAUGAUAUUGAGCUUGUUUCUCGGUCAUGUGCUCUGAUCAACCAGAAAUGCCAUGUGAAGAACAAGGAUAUCAGGAAGUUUCUUGAUGGUAUCUAUGUUAGCGAGAAGGGAACCAUCCUUGAAGAGGAAUGA